CUGCUGGUCUCACUUCCUGGAGGGAAUAAGGCCAUGGCUUGGAUCCUGCUUCUGCUGCUGUCAGCUGCAUGUCUGCAAGCUGGUCACUCACCAGGAUCCAAGAAAAAAAGUACCUUUGGAGUCAACCAAUCAGCACACCUCUCUGGUGUCCAAGGCGGCUCCAUCGAGAUCCCCUUCUCCUUCUCCUUCCCCUGGGAGAUGGCACAGAAUCCACAGAUGAGGAUUCUCUGGAAAUGGCAACACCUCCUUGGUGAAUUUAUCUACAACUCCUCCUCAGGUUACACACAUGAGCAUUUCAAGAACCGGCUCUUCCUGAACUGGACACAGCCUCAGACAUCUGGAGUCCUCAAAAUCCUGAACUUGAAGGAGAAGGACCAGACAAAGUACUUUUGCCAAGUUCAACUGAACACAACAGAAGGCAUGAAGGGUUUGCAGUCAAUUGAAGGGACCCAGCUGACCGUCACACAUGCCAUCAGGACCACCAUGCAGAGCCCCUCCAUGAUCACCUCUACAGUCACCACAGCUGGUCUGGAGGACACAGAGGACCAGAGGAAUCCUUCACUUGUGAACCUGGGAGCCACGGUCGGGGUGGUGGUGGCCACGGCUGUGCUCAUAACCCCCGUCUAUGUGUUGAUGGUCUUCCUCUGGUGGAAGCAAAGGUAA